AUGGCGUCGAAAAUACAACAAAUCAGUAUCGACGCCGCCUGCAUAUUCAGCAGGCUCAUGCCAGCUUUGCCACGGACAGCAACACCACACCCGGCUCCUGGGGAACUGGGAACACUAUAUGAUUCCCUGGGAGCUGGAAAUAAGAAUCGGCACACACAUUUCGGCGUCAACAAUGAAACCACAAACCCAAAUCUGACGCAGCCUGCUCUCAGCAGGUUCAUGCCAAUUCCGCUGUCCAGCGACUACACACCGGCUCCUGGGGACUGGGAACAUCAAGUGAUCCCUGGAGACCUGGUCAAACAACGUCGCGCAAAGACAUCUCCGGUCCGGCCUACACUUCAACAGGCUGACCAUGCCCACUUCGCUGCCCAGCGACAACACACCGGCUCCUGGGGGACUGGGAACAUCAAAUGA